GGAACACGAGCGCAAUGGGUGACACCGCCGCGGAAGGCAUUCAGAACCUAAAUAUUAACGAAAAGGCAAUAUUUUAAAUAGUUUAAUUUGUUUCAAAUGUUCCAUCUGUACGUUAUUUAAGUGAUGCUAAAGUUAUUCCACUUCCGUGGACGCUGCGUGGGCCGGUUCAAAGAGGGCUUUGCCACAUGGUCUCAAACUAAAGCGAUGAAGGAGAAAAAGAAGAAGACGGAAGAUUCCUCCGGAGUCUCAGAAUUGAACCCGUGGCCUGAGUACAUUCAGAAGCGCAUCGCUCUGUGGGACAAGUACAAGGCAGAGUAUGCAGAGAAACUGGCUUCCAAACCGGAGAUGAGCAUCGUGGUGACGCUGCCUGAUGGGAAGACCGUUGCAGCGAGUGCUUGGAGGACCACUCCUUAUGAAGUUGCUAAAGGAAUUAGUCAGGGCCUGGCAGACUCCACCAUCAUCGCGCGAGUCAACAACGAGCUUUGGGACCUCGACCGACCGCUGGAGGGAGACUGCAAGUUGGAGCUGCUCCGGUGGGAUAAUACAGACGCUCAAGCUGUGUUCUGGCACUCGUCCGCUCAUAUGCUGGGUGAAGCUAUGGAGAGGGUAUAUGGAGGAUGUUUGUGCUAUGGACCGCCGAUUGAAGAGGGUUUCUAUUAUGACAUGUAUUAUCCAGAAAAAGGCGUAUCAACCACAGACUACCCUGUUCUAGAAGGCUUAAUAAAGAAGAUAACUAAAGAGAAGCAGCCGUUUGAACGGCUGGAGCUCACCAAGGAGCAGCUCCUGGAAAUGUUCGACUACAACCAGUUCAAAGUGCGGAUACUCAAAGAGAAAGUGGACACCCCCACCACUACUGUGUACAGGUGCGGACCACUUAUAGAUUUAUGUAGAGGCCCACACGUGAGGCACACUGGAAAAGUCAAGGCGCUCAAAGUGACUAAGAGCUCAGCAACAUACUGGGAGGGCAAGGCAGAGGCGGAGAGCCUGCAGCGGAUCUACGGCGUGUCGUUCCCGGAGCCCAAGCAGCUUAAGGAGUGGGAGUUCAUCCAGGAGGAAGCCGCUAAGAGGGACCACAGGAAGAUCGGCAAGGAACAAGAGCUGUUCUUCUUCCACGAGCUGUCGCCCGGGUCUUGCUUCUUCCAACCACGCGGGGCUCACAUCUACAACACGCUAGUGAACUUCAUCAGAGAGCAGUACCGUGCCCGCGGUUUCCAAGAAGUGGUAUCGCCCAACAUGUACAACGCUAAGCUUUGGCAGACGUCAGGCCACUGGGCGCACUACGCAGAGAACAUGUUCUCCUUCGACGUGGAGAAGGAGACAUUCGCGCUCAAGCCCAUGAACUGUCCCGGCCACUGCCUAAUCUUCGACAACCGCAACCGCUCCUGGCGCGAAUUGCCUCUCCGCAUGGCGGACUUCGGAGUAUUACACCGCAACGAGCUUAGCGGAGCGCUGACGGGACUGACACGUGUGAGGCGCUUCCAGCAAGACGAUGCACACAUAUUCUGCACGCCGCAGCAAAUAGAAGACGAAAUGGUGAAAUGCCUUGAGUUCCUGGACCACGUGUACACGACUUUCGGGUUCACUUUCCAGCUGAAGCUAUCCACUCGCCCUGAGAAGUACCUCGGAGACUUGGCCACUUGGAACCAGGCCGAGAAGGCGUUAGAAGACUCCCUGAACAAGUUCGGCCGCCCGUGGCAGUUGAACCCUCAAGAUGGCGCCUUCUACGGGCCCAAGAUCGACAUCACCAUCCACGACGCACUGCGCCGCGCACACCAGUGCGCCACCAUCCAGUUGGACUUCCAACUGCCGGAGCGGUUUAACCUUAGCUACGUCAGCGAGAGCGGCGACAAGAAGCGGCCGGUGAUCAUCCACCGCGCGAUCCUGGGCUCGGUGGAGCGCAUGAUCGCGAUCCUCAGCGAGUCCUACGCCGGCAAGUGGCCCUUCUGGCUCAGCCCGCGGCAGGUCUGCGUGGUACCGAUAGGACCUAACUUCGACGAAUACGCCCUACAGGUGAACAAGCAGCUGUUCGAGGCGGGCUUCAUGUCGGAAGCUGACACGGACGCGGGCGAUACGCUCAACAAGAAAGUGCGCAACGCACAGCUUGCGCAGUUCAACUACAUUCUCGUGGUGGGUGAGCGGGAAAGGAACUCCGGCACAGUGAAUGUUCGCACGCGCGACAACAAAGUCCACGGCGAGAUGUCCAUACAAGGGCUCAUCGACCACUUUAACGAGCUCACCAGGAACAAGACGCCUUCGGAAGACAGCCGGCUACUUAAAUAAUCUAGCUUCAAUAGUAAACAGUGUGGAUUUGAGAAAUUAUAGGACUGUAUGGAGGAUGAUAGACCAUCAAGUGAGAAUUGUGUGACGUCAUGGGUUGUAAAAGGUGUGAUUUUGCAACGAAAUUGUUUUCAACUGAUGAGUAAACUCGGUAAAGAGUUUACUCAUCAGUUGAAGGCACCGAGUUACCAUUACUCAAUAAAAUCUAUGACGAUUUUAGUUUUUGAAAGUAACCGCUAGGGGUGUUGUACAAUCUGUCGUAUAUUUUUCAUGACAUUUUUUACGCAGUCACCUGAGACCACGUCUAAUGUAAACUCAUGGUAAAGAUUGCAAGAGUGUUUCAGAAUUGAUUGUUGUAACUAAUUAUGCUUGCUAAAUGUCGCGUCAAAAUGACGCACAACAUGUGGAAUGUUGAUUUGUUACUUAUUGAAUAUUACUCGUUAUUGAUAUAAUAACGUGUUCCUAUAAUUUCUCGGAUUCAUACUGAAUUGCGCAUGACCGUUCAACCGUUGGGGUACUGAGGACCUAAUGAUAUUUCAUACAUUGGCGUUAAUCAUAAUACUGAAAAUCCAUUGACUGAAUGAUGGGCCUUGGAAAACUAGCACUCAUAACGAAAACAAUUGAACAAAAAUUUUAAAAACAAGUUUGUAAAAUUGAUGUUCACUAAAAAAAAACAAAAAUCUGUCUUAGUAAUUUAUUUUAGAAUUCAUACCUCAUGAAAACAUAGUUAAUUUUCAUUCAUAAGAGAAUCACGCAUUUCUAUGCAUUUAAGAGCAAAUCCUUCUUACAUGUUCAACCCAUUCUUCAUUCAUUUUGAAUUUUAUUUCAACAGCAUAAAGUUGUUAAUACGGUGGCAACCAUUCACCCACCACUAGAUAAAUCGUACUACUCGUACCUAAUGCUUUUACUUGUGAGUAUUGUGCAGGGAACUACUUAUUUUAUGUUAAAUUAUGCACUAGGUUAAGUUUUCGGCGGUUCUGAAAUAAAUAUUUCCAAAUGCGAA